GUGGAAUUGCUGCAGGGAGUCUGGCUGCCAAAAUUAUGAGUCUUUCAUGGACGACAGGAUAUGGAGUGGCUGCUGUGGGAGCUGCUCAGUCUGUUGGUGCUGCAGGGGUCAGCGCUUCUACCGCGACAGCAGUAGGAACAGUCUGCAGUGCAGUAUGGGGUGUCAUCAAACACAUUCGCUAAAAUCUAUGAUGGCAACAUGACCUAAAAACUUGAAAUAGUAAAUAUCCAAUAAGUUCCACUUUUCAGCCAAGCUUUUGAAGUUGUUUUGGUUUAUAUGGGUUCUUAUGUGUGUAUCCUGAGUUGUUAAAAAAAAUUAGAAUAACCCCUACAAAUUUUCAAAAUAAACACGUGACGAAUGUGAA